AUGUCCAUCAGUGACAAGGAUCUUUUCCAGUAUUUCCAAUAUGCGGCUUCCCAGUCUCUCACCACCUUCGGCCGCAACCCAGCUAGUUUGGGAAAUGUCCUCAUGCGUGCCGCCCACACAAACAAGUCAAGCUCGGCCACUGCCGUUCUGCAGUCACUCCUUGCGUUGUCCUCACUGCAUCGCUAUGGUGUUCAAUCACAGGCGGUCAAGCUGAAAAUCGCGAGCCUGAAGGCACUGGCGGCAGCAGCCAAUUCGGAGGGCAAGUUGGGUGUCACCGAAGUAAUCCAGCACAUUGCCGCCGGAAUGUUGCUGUGUUCUUUUGAGGUCCACCAAUCUUCUUGUACCUCAAGUCAAUGGUCCUGUUAUCUUGCCGCCGUCAAGCAGUUGCUCGAGGCGUCCGAGGUUGCAACGCCACAGGAGCAUGAAGACCUGGCUGCCUUGUUAGACUGGGUGUACUAUCACGAUGUCAUGAUGCGCUUCACUCUACAACACUGGCACGGGGAAGAUAUUGGGUUUCCUUGUGACACCUUGACUGCGACCAAAGGCUACGCUCAACAACUGCCAGCACUUAGAAUGAGACGGAGUUGUAUAUCCCAGCAACCAUCCUCAACUUCAGCCCUCCCGGAACUACUAUCCGAAUUCUGUGACUCGGUGCCGCGGUCUCCUUCGGGCGUAGCAAACGGCCAAGCUCUUGACGAUCACAAAGCCUUCUUGACUGUUCUCGACUGGAGGAUCAGAACGGUACCGGUCUUGCUUAAACCCGACGAGGCUGUGGAUAUAACGACGGCAGUCGAGAUUUACCGGCUGGCUGUCCAUGUAUAUGUUAACCGAGUGAGCGAAAAUGUUCUCGGCCAGGCAGCCCGGACCCAGCAACGUAUCGAUGAGGGCUUCGCACUGCUUUCCCAGCUGCCCUCCUGCGAGCGGCAAUUUCCUAUCCUGGUGCUGGGUUGCGAGGCUCGGACUGACGACCAACGAGCAAUUAUCUUGGAUCUCAUCUCGAGGACAGAGAAGAGAGUCACGUCACGGUCUUUCAACCAUGUGACAGUGUUGCUGCAUGCACUUUGGGCUCAAGAUGAUCUCGCCGAUAGCGAGUUGAACUACUGGACGAAGCUCACUUCUAUCAUCAGUGGCUGCGCCAUUGCGCCUAGCCUAGUCUAA